CGUACUUAAGACUACGCGGGAGCUUUUGUUUUGUUUGGGUUUAGUUUCCUGCAGAAAUGUAACUUAACCUAUAUUUCGGCAGUAAAUUGAUUGAUUUAUAAUAAAAAGUAAUGAUCAACAUCGGUAUUUAACUAUACGUAAAGAAUGUUACGGCGAAGGGUCAGAAAGGAUAUAAAAUCACGCUCACGAUCUGUCUCCUAUUCAUCAUCAGAAUAUGAUGAAAGUGAUUUUGGUUCAUCAGCUCCUGUUUUAAGAGUUCGCAAUAAAAUAAUUAAUCGAGGAAGAUGGUUGAAAGAAGAGGAUGAAAGAUUGAAAUUCUAUGUGGAAACAUAUGGAGAAAGCCAGUGGGAGGCUAUAUCCAGGAUGUUUCCUGAUCGAAGUGAUGUGCAGUGCCAACAGCGAUGGUACAAAGUGAUCAACCCUGAAUUAGUGAAAGGCCCAUGGACUAAAGAAGAAGAUGAAAAAGUUAUUGAAUUGGUGAAAAAAUAUGGUCCUAAAAAAUGGACAAUUAUCGCUAAACAUCUGAAAGGGAGAAUUGGGAAGCAGUGUCGUGAAAGAUGGCAUAACCAUUUAAAUCCAGAGAUAAAGAAAACUGCAUGGACAGUAGAAGAAGAGCAACAAAUAUGUCAUUAUCACAGUCUUUGGGGAAACCAGUGGUCUAAGAUAGCAAAGCAGCUACCAGGAAGAACGGAUAAUGCUAUAAAAAAUCACUGGAAUUCUACACUGAAAAAGAAAUUUGGAGUAUCUCAAGAGUCACGCUAUUCAAGUUCGUCUUCAUUUGGUAAAGCAAAGCGGAAAAAAGACCAAGGGAAUCGUGCUUCACGAGCUCGAUGUGAAACAACUUCAACCAGAGCAACAAAAUUAUCUGUUUCAUCUGCAAAUUGCUCUGAUUAUUCAGACAAGCAUUUAGUUGAUUUAUCAAUACCAUCUGUGAAAGUUAAAAUGGAAUUUGAAGUGGAAAAUGAAAAUACUUCUGUAGAUGCAGAGAAGAUGCCUUCUUUUUCUGAUGCUGCAGUGAAAGAUAAUAUUUUACGAUCAAGUUUAGACUAUAUCAGGGACCAUAUUGAUAUAUCCCCUUUGAGUGCAACUGUUGAAGACUUUGAUGUGUCAGACAUUAUGAGUGAUGCUUCUUUGGCCGAUUUAUCCAUGUCUGAUCUUGUUACAGGGGCAAUGAGCCCACCUGUCACUCCAAUAAAAACUGCUCCUCAGUCUCGCAUCACGUAUACUUUUGAUGGAAGUAUAUACCAGGCUUUAAAAGAAGCAGCCCCAAAUGAUAAUUUGAUCCCAAUUCCAUCACCUGUAAUGACAAAACUUGCUUCACCAAAGACUAACUUUAAAAGGAGAAAAGAACUAAAUAUUCCAUCUGAUACAUCUUUUGUGACCGAACCUGGCCAAGAAAGUCUAUUAGAUAUUAGCUUAGAUACUGAACAGCAGUUGCUGAAUUUAAUUUCACAAGGUGCAGCUCCCAGUCCAGCUCCAGAGUUAGUUCCUCAAAUUCUGGAAACCCUUCAGAAUAUUAAUUUUUCUCCCAUAAAGCCUCCAAAUAUUACUAUUAAAAAGGAGCCAAUAUCUUUGAGUGAUGAAUCAAAUGGAUUUUCUCCGGAGCCUUAUUCAGCAACUUCUGAAAUUCAUAAUUAUUUUCAGAACUCCACACCUGUCAAAUGUAAUACACCUCUGAAACCACUCACUUUCUCUCCUUCUCAGUUUUUAAACAGCCCUUCUGUAAGAAGCCCCGUUAAUGCAUUGACAUCAACCCCAAAGAAUACAGUUCAGUUGUAUGAUUCUUUGUAUGAUCUCUUGGGUGAAGGAGGAUCAUCAAGUGUAUUGCAAACACCAAAGCUUCCCAUGUUGAAUGCAUCUCUUCAUACACCGACUCCUUUGAAAGAAAUUUCUGGUGACAUGUCAAAGAGCAGUAUUGACAAAAAUGAGAGAUUUCCCAUUAGAAAUUCUCUGAAAAAAGGUUAUUUCAAUGAAAGAGGAGAAAUGGAAACCUUCAUUGAAACUACUGUGAAAGAUAAAGAGAAUGUUCAACCUGUCAAAAGAGCUCGUAAAGCUUUGCAUAAAAUAUGGAUGUCAGAAAGUGAUGAUUCAGCUAUAUAUAUGGCAAGAGAUAUUUCAAGUCCUGAAACACCUAGCAAAUCUCUUGUUGGCGAUACAUCUGUAACAUUCUCGCCUCCAUCAAUUGUCAAAGAUACUUUGUUGGACAGCAGUUUAAUUCCUGAAUUAAACAAUGAUUUUCUUAUCCCAGCUGCUGUAUCAAGAAAGCCAAAACAAAGAAGGAAGGAAUACCAUAAUUUAAGAAAAUUUGAUCAUUCAGAGGCAUAUUGUAAGUGGGGUCAAGUGGUAUAUGGAAGAACAUUUGAUCAGCUGGAGCUUACUGAAUUAGCUCGUGAGUGGGUCACUUCUCUUCGACCAAGAUCCUUCAAUCUCUGAUGUGAACAUUAUCUGCCUUUUUUAAAUUAUUAUCACAAAUUUUUAUGCUUAGAUCAAGUCCCUGGUGACAUUAUAGAAGUGCUUCAAUCUUAUAUGUGAAUCAACAUGAGGUUGUGGACAUUUUGGAAUACUGGAUAAUUUUAAACAGAUUAUUAAUAUUCAUAUAUUAGUUUAUAUGUGUAAGCCACUGAAUUUUGGAGAUCACAUUUAGAUGCAUUUAAUUAACAGCAUUUAUAAGAGUUCAUACACUAAAUUUUUUUAAUGUAUUGGAAUGAAUUUAAUUUCCUAAAAUUCACAAUUUUAUUUAUUUUAUUUUUUAAAUAUUUUUGCAUUGUACUGCUCUUUGCCAACUCACAGCAAAAAAAUUAACUAUUUCUAAUGGCAUUUAAUUGAAGGAAGCAGUAUAACAUUCCUCUCCCUUUAUUUGCAAAUCUGCAAUAAAAGAUAUUUAACAAUUAAUUUUUUUUUUUUUUUUUUUUUUUUUUUUUACUGAAAUAAAUAGGACUAGAGUCCAUCACAAGUUAGAAACAUGUCUGAGUAAAAAAUUUUUUCAAUAUAUAAUCUUCAAGCUUUAGCUAGAAAACCUAUGAUAAACAGAUGCAGAAAAUGCAUUUUUCAAUACUUUAGAAGAGCUCGUCUGUAAAUUGAAUAAAUCUUGGUUUUUGAAGAUCUAUUCCCAAGUUUGUUUUUCAUUUGAUAAUGUGUAUGAAUUCAGUUUAUGCUUUAUUUAGUCAUUCUUAUCGCUUAUUUUUGCAUGGUACGUAUUAUGGUUACUUUUAUUCCGGUGUAUUUAGUGUUAAGGCAUUUAAUGGUACGAAUUUGUUACUGUUUGUUUACAUAUUUGAGUUUUAUUUUUAGGAAUUUAAAUUUAGUUCAUAAGUUUAAAGAAAGCUAUAUAUUCUUUCUCUGAAGUAAUGUUAAAGUGGUUUUGGCUGACUUUUCUAAACUGUAUGUGACCCUGUUUUAUUAGUUUGUAAUACCCGUUUCAUACAUUUUAAAAUUAUUGACAGUUUAAUUGUUGCUAUUCAUGCAGAUGGUAAAUGUUUAAAGAAUGCUAGCAUUUUGAUUUUGAUAAAAUAUGUUGUAUAUUAUUUAUAAGUUUUAAGAAUAAACAUUAAUUUAUUUCCUAACUUUUAAUAACACAUGAUAAAUAUUUGUAAUUGUUUCACUCUGGCAAACUUCAUGCCCUGUUCUUGAGAAAAAAUUUCAUAUUACCAAUAUAAAAAGUUGUUUUUCAUUCAGUUGCAUAAAUUUUGAAUUAGCCAUUGUUAAUUCAUAAAGUGCAAAAUCUAUGCAGAGUAAUUUAAGAAGAGCAUUCACUUCUUAAUAAUAACAUAUAUUUUAGUAGCAACAACUUUUUAUUUUGGUCUUCACCUAUGUGUUUUCUUUUUUAAAUAUUCUUACUGAGUAGUUUUGAAUUCUAUUACAUAGUAUUUUAUUACUAAUCUUUGGGAAAGUAAGUAAUUAAGAAGAUAAUUGUAAUAUUUGAAUUAUAAUCCUUUUUGGGAGAUAAAAAUUUAUUUUGGUCAUCGAAUUGGGAUCAAUACAAAUGUCAAACUGCAAGUCCUCCUCUUUUUUCCUUUGAAAAUUUUCAUUAUGUAGUGAAUUUAAAUUCCCUGAAAAGAGAUGUGUUGAGCCUUUUUUUAUAUUUAUGUAACAUAAGACAAUAUCCCUCUCUUCCCAAAAAAAGGAAAGAAAAAAGGUGUUUACUGAGUUUUAAUGUUCAGUUUUUAUACUGUAUUGUAUUAUUAUGUUAUGUCUGUUUUAGUUAAAUAUUUCAAUAUGUAUAAAACUUUGUUUUCACAUAUAUAUAUAUAUUCAAUAUCUUUACCUUUUUCAUUUAAACUCCCUGGAAACAGAUAUGGAGAACCUUAUAUAUAUAUUUCUGUUGAAGUAGGGUAGCAGAAGCAACAAAAAACAUUAAUUGUGCUAUUUUAAAAAAACUAAUGACUAUUUAAUUUUUAUGUUGUUAUAUUUGUUCUACUUAGUUAAUUCAUUGUGCAUCAAAUUGAAUUCUUAUAUCUCUAUUUUUAAAAUAAUUUAUUUACUAGAAAUGAGAAAUUUUUAUUAUUAUUUCUACUUUCAUAUAUUACAAGAAUAUGUAAUCAUAUACGAGUACAAAUAAUUAAAUUAUGAAAUUAUAGUUCUUUCUUUAGAAUAAUUAACUGCCUCCAGUAACUUUUAACACCAAUUUUUUAAUAUCAGAUAAAAAUUAAUAUUUUUAUUAAAUUAUUUUCAUGUGCAUGUAUUUUACAUAAUAUUGUAAUUUGUAUACUUACUAAUGCAUGUUUUAAAAAAAAUAUUUUUUUACAUUGAUAUUCAGCUGAUCAUUGAAGUUUUUAAAACUUAAAGUCAAAUUUUUUUAGUACCUUGUAUAUAGAGUUACUGAUUUUAUACAUAGAAUUCUGAAAAACAGUUUACAUCCUUGAAAUUUUUUCUGUAAUGUAUGUAUAUUUUUCUAUAUAAUCAUAUGUGAAUAUUCUUAAAAAUUAUACUACUUCGUGUUCAAAGGAAUGACCAAUUUAUAAUCAACUCCUUAGUUUUGAAGAAAUAUAAAUUUUCAGUGGAAAAAGACUAUGUUUUUAAUUAGUAUAGGAUGAGUUCCUGAUUAUUAUUGAAUUUUUAUUAUUAAUAUAUUGUAAAAACUUUUCUGUGUUUAAUGUAGCAAUCACAAAACAUUAUAUUAAUUAUGUAAAUACAAUUUUUGGACUUGUAUGAAAAUUAUAUAUGUAUGUAUUUUUUUUAAUUUAUUUUUUUAAAAAUUUGUUUGUAGCAAAAUGUUACAGAUUAAAAAAAAAUGCUUCAAGCCUUUCAAACCAUUUUAUAAAUGCUUAAUAAUUGUCAAGAAAAAACUAGUCUAUGCCUCGUGAUCUGGAACAAUCAACAGAGUUAGUAUACAUCCUUCAUUACCUGCAUACAAGGAAAUGAAUUACAAGCGAACAGUUAAUUUGAAAAAAGUUGCAUUAAACUACUAUGAUAAAAAAAAAAUUAAUUACAUUUUGAGAUUAUUUUCCUUAUUUUCAUGAGGAAUAGUACUCUUUCUGUAAAUAUCAGUUCUAAAAUGCCUUCAUGAGAUUUUUUAGUAUUAUUUUAGAUACCUCAAAGGGAAAAAAUGUCUAAUGUUGCAAUGGCAAUGAGUAUUUAAAGAAUGUUUUUUCCCAAAUGAAAAAAGCUUUUAAAUCCAGAGAAAUAGCUCUAUAUUUAUAUAAUGGAUGUUGUGAAAUGAUUAAUAGCAAGAAAUUAUGAUUAUAUUUUCACUUUAGGGAAAAUAAAUAGAAACGCACUUUCGCACAAAUUGAUAUAGAUUUUGUGAGUACCAAAGGCACCUGUGUUUCUGCCUUAUCCACCUCCUAUCAGCUGGAUCUUACUGAGUUUGUUUACAUGGAAGCCAACGAAAUUUAUUCUGCUAUCAUUACACCAUUGUCAGCGGUUAAGCUUUCUGAGAAUCCUGGAAAGUUAAACUCCAAUGUGCUUAAAUUAAACUAGUCUUUUAAGCCUGCAAGAUAAAUAUGGCUUCUACUAUAAACUAAACAUAUCAGAAACCAGAAAACCAAACAACUAAAAUUUUUUGUAAUCUUCUACAAAAAUAAAGCAAACUGAACAUAAAUUGACUUCCAUUGCUUGUGCAAUAACAGACAACACAUAAAAAUGAAUUAUCCAUAAUCACAAGUUAAGUUUUAUCCCAGCAUCAAUCUCAUUAAAUAUUACUUGGCAGCCAAAUGGAGAAUCAGAUCAGAGGUUUUCUGCUUGUGUCAACUACACAUGGAGGAGUUUGCUUUAAAGUGAAAGCCGAUGCCAAUCCUUUCUUAAGAUUCUUACUGUACAUAAUAAUCUUGUCAUUAACAUACUCUGGUAGAAGCAGGUGAAGCCAGGAGUGUAGAAUGUAUUUUAAUGUAAACAAAAGUAUGUUUAUUAAAAUAAAUCCUAUUAUUGUUAAGAGUGAUUUUACACAUCAUAUGAUUUGGCAAGAAUCUAAAAUGUUACUUCAAUGAUAUAUCUGAAAGUUGAUUUUUAUGAUCAGAGUGCAUAUAUUGUUUGUUUAAUAGAGGUAAAGCAUGAAGUCUGAACAAUGUUGCAUAUUUUUUCCCAUUAGUAUCUACUAUGGCAGAAAGGUAUUUAUUAUACAGAAACGCUUUUGGAUAAUUAUCUUUUGCGUGGAGUAGUAGAUCAGAAUCUUAUGUACAAGUGUGAAGAACUUGCUUUGUAAUACAGAUGGUGUAGCCGGAAUUAGAAAUUGCAAAUAUCAUCUGCAUGACAUGGCUUGCAUAUUUUCUGGUUCUCAGUCCCAUCAAACAUAUCUAGAAUGUUUUCAGUAAUUAUUAGGUGAAAAUAAUCAGAAACUUCAAAUUCCCAUAAAAGUGAAAAAAUAUCUCAUUAACAUUUCUGAAUAAUCUGAAAAGCAUACCAUAUUAGUACAGAGCAUGCUUGAGGAAUCCAAACUGCCUACUAAUAUUAUGAGAUUUGCAGCUAUUCGUGUGAGUCCCUGCAUUUUCAGUCACUCCAAGAUACUGUAUGGAACGCCUUUUUUGUUUUUUUCUCAUUAUCUGCAAAAGGUUUCCACCAUUACAGAUUAAUAAAGGUAUCAUAGUUCCCUUACUCUACAUUUGAUAUUCACUUCCUGGAAUAAGAUCCAUCAUUAGUAAAACAUAAAAAUCUCAUUAUUGCUAAACAGUUGUUAAAUAGUGUAAUUUGCUUUUACAUGACUUUUAUUGUAUGUUGUUGGCAGAUGCUGGAAUUUAUUGAAAUAGCCUAAAAUGAAAGAGUUUACACGCAUUUUUCGGACUCUGACCAUUUCACUAUGGCAUAAAUGCAAACUCUUCCCUGUUUUUCAUCCCACCUCCCAGUCUUAUGGUUUUUGAUUUUUAGCAUUUACUUAGGGAAGCAUUUAUCAGCAGUAAAUGAAAUGUUUUGAAUCAAUGAAACUUAAAUUGUGCAAAUUUCAUUCCUCCAUCUUUAGUAAUUUUCAUUUCCCCACAUUUAGUAAAUAAUUUUUUUUUAAUUUUUAUCUUUUAAAUGUUUUAAUUUUUCUACACAUUUAUGGAACUUUGCAUGAAGGUUCAAACCAGGUUUUGUCAGUUAAUAUUUGUAUUUAAUUUUGUUUUACUUCAGUAUAUGGUACAUUACUAAGUUUAUAUUCAUACUAUAGUAAUAGAUGUGGUAAAAAUAACAUUAAAGAAAUUUAGUGGGGUCUAAAGGUGAUAAAUGGUAUAAGUAGGAAAACAUUUGUUCUGAGGAAGACAGAUAUUCUGUAAUAUUCUAAUUACUGUAUAAUGGGACUGAUCAACUAAAUUAGAAAUACAAAUAAUUUUUAAUAAAGAUUAUGAGAUAAAUUUUAAAUGUAAAUACCAAAUUGAUUGUUAUUUAAUCAUGUUUCAAAAAUUUUUUUAUUAGCUCACAUAGAUCUCUGGAAUGUGGUAUUAAAUUGGAUUAUUUAAUUAAGGCAAAGCAUUUGAGAGCACUAUUUACAAGACUUUCGUAGUUCACGGAUAUUGCACUACUGAAUUUGUACAUUAGAUUUCAUUUAUGUUUUACAUUUAAAAUGGUCAUUAUUAUUAAUGAAUUAGCUAUUAUUAUUAUUAUUAUAUAUAUAAAGGUAACAUAAGUGGUGUUUUUAAUUCUGUAAAUUUUCACAAUUAUAUAAUUUUAUAAAUGUACUUUAAAAUUAUUUUGUAAUUUGUAAUUGAAUGUAAUUUCUUGUAUUUUUGCUACUGUUGUUAAUAAAGUAGUUUAAAAAGAA